UUGGCACGUCACCCAGCUGGGGCAAAGGGCGGCCAUUUUUCUUUUGGGAAAAUACUAGUAUAAUAAUCACUGGCCAGGCAACAGCAGCGCAAGUGCAGAGUUAUGUGGUGGUGGUGAUGGGCGGGUACUGUUGAGAGCCUCUGGAGAUUCAGCAACUAGGAACCCGCGGGUGUAGCCAUAUACCAACUCAGAGAGAUGGCUCCUAAUGCCCGGGUGCUGAAGCUCGGGCGCCGCUACAAAUACCUGGCAGCCGCCGCGCUUGCUCUGCUGCUUAUACAGGGCCUGGUGGUCUGGAGCUUCAGCGGGCUGGAGGAGGAUGGAGAGAUUAAUGCUCCACAGAGGAGGAAUAGAAGUCCAGAUAAGGCAGAACACUCCAAGGACCCUGACAGUUCUGCAGGGCGUAGGUCAUGGAGAGCAAGAGUCGUGGGCAGUGAGGUGGCAAGAGUGACAAGAGAUACCAAAUCAAGGCCCAAGCAGAGCACACGUAUCCAUGUUCCACGGGAGACCUGGCCUAACUUAACCAGAGAUGGUGACACAGGAAGUGUAGAAGGUCCUCACCCCACAGACCGUGGUUUCACCCCCAAAUGUGAAAUCAAAGGCAAAGACGCUUUGUCUGCUCUUGCUAGAGCAAAUACCCAGAAAUGUCAGCAGGAGAUUGCGAACGUGGUGUGUUUGCACCAGCUUGGCCAACUGAUGCCGCAGAGUUUACCACGUUACUGCCAGAUAACAGGUAAAAUUACCUCGGGCUUACAGUGGGAAGAAUCUGAUGUUGGCGCCCCUCUACCUGAGAAGCCCUUGCGUGUAGUUUACAUGCUUGUUGUACAUGGAAGAGCAUUACGGCAACUAAAACGUCUUAUUAAAGCAAUUUACCACAAAGACCACUUUUACUACAUCCAUGUUGAUCAGCGCUCCAAUUACUUACAUAACAAAGUGAUUGAGUUUGCCCAGCACUAUACAAAUAUACGUGUUACCCCAUGGCGGAUGAUAACCAUCUGGGGUGGUGCCAGCCUACUUACAAUGUAUUUGCGCAGCAUGCAGGAUCUGCUAGAGAUGGCUGACUGGCCUUGGGACUACUUUAUCAACUUGAGUGCCACAGACUACCCCACCAGGACCAAUCAGGAGCUAGUUCUCUUCUUAUCGAAAUACAGAGAUAAGAAUUUCCUGAAAUCUCAUGGCCGUGACAAUGCUAGGUUCAUUAAGAAGCAAGGGCUGGAUCGCCUUUUCCAUGAAUGCGACUCCCACAUGUGGCGUCUUGGCGAGAGGAAGAUUCCGGAGGGCAUUGUGCUAGAUGGUGGCUCAGAUUGGUUUGCACUCACCCACAAGUUUGUGAAAUAUGUGACCUAUACAGAUGAUGUCCUGGUGUCGGAGUUGAGACGAUUCUACAAGUACACACUGCUACCAGCUGAGUCAUUCUUUCACACUGUACUGGAGAACAGUCAUGAUUGCAACACUCUCGUUGACAAUAACCUGCGGGUGACGAAUUGGAACCGGAAGCUGGGCUGCAGAUGCCAGUACAAACACAUUGUGGACUGGUGUGGCUGUUCUCCUAAUGACUUUAAACCUCAAGAUGUUAUCCGUUUGCAGCAGCUCUCCAGACCAACAUUUUUUGCUAGAAAGUUUGAGUCGGCAGUGAAUCAAGAGGUCUUGGAUAUUUUGGAUGCUCAUCUAUUUGGAGAGCUGAAACCAUCAACCCCUGGUCUCAAAGGUUAUUGGGAAAAUGUGUAUGACAGCAUGGAGGGGGUGGAAGGUCUCACCGAUGUGACCAUGACUGCGUAUGCAUCAUUUACACGCUUCUCAAUGCAGGACCUGCAUAGCCCGGAGAAAACCAGCAGUAAAACUGCUUGCAGCUACUCUGCAGACAGUUUUCCCUCAAGUGUUGAGAUCUAUUUUUAUGAUGACCAUUUCCAAGGCUAUCUGGUGACACAGAAAGUUCAGCACAAUGAAACACUAGAAAUUUGGUUGAUGCCACGCGGUACUAUGAAACUAGUUGAUCAGGUCGCAGCAGCUAGUCGCAUCCAAAGUCUAGAGGUGGGCACUGAUUGGGACCCCAAAGAGCGGGUCUUUCGUAAUUUUGGUGGUCUGAUUGGGCCCUUAGAUGAGCCUCUGGCUAUGCAGAAAUGGACCCAUGGACUCAACAUUACAGUUACUGUAGUCUGGAUUGAUCCUACAUAUAUUAUAGCAGCUUCAUAUGACAUUGCUGUAGACUCUGAGGCUGAUUUUACUCAAUACAAGCCACCUUUGUCACGACCGUUGCGUCCUGGUGUAUGGAGUGUUCGUUUGCUGCACUUCUGGGAGCUGCUGGCAGAGGUCAAAUUUCUGGUGGUGCCAUUGACUUUUAGGAAGAAGGAGCCACUUCAAAAGGCUGACAGGUGGUUACAUGCCGGCCCACCUCGAGGGCAGUACAUGGAGCAAAAUUUUCAGUCUCUGAGUGGAAUUUUGAGUUUACCCCCUCGCGCUGAAAUUGAGAAGGACGCAGAUAAAAAAUCAGAGCUGCUGGGCAAAGACUUGGAAAAGUGGACAGAUAACAGUUUAAGUGGCUUCUGGUCGGUUGGAGGUGUAUGCACCAAGACUGUCUCUGCAUUUUGCCCCUCACUUCCUGUUUGCUCUGAUACACACUGGAGUUCUCUGUCACCAGACCCAAAGUCUGAGAUGGUAAUGACCAGACCUGAUGGACGUCUAAGGUAGCAGAACCUAUGGACCAUAAUAUAUGGACAGGAGGAUAAAGCUGCCUAGACUGCGGGACGGGAUUGGUUUUUGUCUGUGGCACACCUAUGAGGAUACAUUAAGCUCGUGCUUUUUACCAAGGAAAGAAAUAUUGGAACAGAAUGUGAACAAUAUACAACUUGGCACUUAGGUGUGGGUUAUUCACUGUUGCACACCUGAAUAGCGGUUGUGCCCUAUUGUGUGAGGACCUAAUUCAGGACACGUCUCACUCAAUCCUCAUUACGAUCUAUAAGGUUUACCAAGCUGAUCCAACCUUUACCUGCGAGUGCCAAAUAUGUUCAGGCCGUGGACUAAUCUGCUGCUAAUUAACGGGCCGGAAAUGACCAAAUACUACAUGGUUUGACGCUACUAUUCCUAAAGGGGCUGGUCCCUCAGAUGGAUGACUUUUAUUUCUGUACUUUUAAUCGACUGGAAAAUAACUUUGGAACACUCUAUAUAUAAUUGAUCACAUAAUUGCAAAUGUGGUAAAGAUGCUGUCGUUGCUGAAUUCUUAGUAGUUAAUUGAUGAUGAUGACAUUGUUAGUGGUGACUGUUGCAAGACCUUGCCCAUUAGCAGUCACCAUGCUAACGGUUGGACCAUUUUACCGCCGCUGAAGAAGCUUUGUCUAUGGGUCACUAUGAUGCUUUCAGUGGCCCUACUGAUGGCUGCUAGAAUCAGAGGCCAGCAGCAAAUAAAGUACCAAAGGUUGCCCUGUAGUGCAGCUUCCUGUGUAAAAUAUGUGGGGCUGGCGCCACAGGUUCGUGUGCCCAAAAUCACUCUUGUGCCACGCACUUUAUUCAUGUCAUUUUUAUGGAGUGAAAUCUGUCUAAAUAAAGGUAUGCUGUAACCACUA